AUGUACCUAUCUCUGGAGAAAAAUAAGUUUUUAAAUGGACAUGAAAAACAAAGUAGCUUAUAUGUGAAUCCCAUAUUUAGAGAUGCACGAUUGGGGUUAGAUACGUUGUUGCAUCAUGCUGCACUCGGUAAUGCAUUUAAGGUUGUUGUUUAUCUUGACGCUUUGGAUUUAAACUUGUCCAACGCCGUUGGGCAGACACCAUUUUUCUCCGCUUGUCAGUCAGGUAGCUUUGAGGCUGCCGCAUCAUUAUUGCAUAGAUGCAAAGAUAUAAAUGAGAAGAGCAAAAUCAAUUUGACGCCAGUCCACCUUGCUUGCAAAUCGGGCAAUGUUCCAUUGGUCACAAUGCUGAUACUAUGUGGGGCGAAGUUGGAUAUUCCUGAUUCUGAUGCGUGCUUGCCACUUCAUUAUGCUGCGCAGUGUGGUGGUCCAAACAUGUGCAGUCUGUUACUUCGCUUUUAUCCAAGUGCAGUUGAAUAUCAGAAUUCAAAGAAAAAUUCUCCUUUGCACAUCGCGUGUGAAAACUGCAAUAUGGUCUCGGCUUCAACCAUUUUAAGAACAGCGCUGAAUCCAUCCUUUAUUUGUUUUAAAAUAUCCGAUUUCGGCAGUUUGGCCACAGUUUUAAUGAAAAGGGAAUUUGAAGUUACAUUGCUUAAUAAAGAUGGUCGAACGCCCGAGCAUGUUGCUGGAAGCCUUGGUCACUUUGAGCUGGCAUCAAUGAUUCAGUAUGAGCUAUACAAAGGGGGGAAAGACCGUACUUGUUCAAAUAAGCCGAAUCUGUUUUCCUUAAUGUCGUAUCCAAUUUGCGGUUAUCCUGGGCGACGAAGAGCGAUGUUUUUCUGGAUGUUUGCCAUAUCAUUUGGGUGGAUUUAUCCAUAUCUAUUCUUUCGGAUAUCUUCAAGUUCGGUGGCUUUAACCUACAAUGAGACGAUAAUUUUUAUCUGCUUAAACAUAUUUCUUUGGGUCAGUUUCUUCGUUGAAGUUCGCAAGAAUUCUGGCUAUCUUCCAACUAACACAGUUGAAUAUGAGGAAGAGAUGCGUGAGUUGUUUGCUGAAUGUCGAAGGCUUCAGAAUCGUACUCCCUUACUUCCUGUUGGCCCCAUAACUAGUGAGUCUCAGAAGGAAACACUGCCGUUGGAAGUGAAAGCCCUGAGACGUUCAAUUCGUAUACUCAACCGCCGUCUAAAUGGUUUGUGUCAUACAUGUGGCUGUGUUAAGCCCAUUAGGGCGAAACAUUGCAGUUUGUGCAAUCGAUGUGUUCGAGUGAUGGAUCAUCACUGUCCUGUUACAGAUAACUGUGUUGGUCAAGACAAUCGGUAA